AUGGCAGAAGCACCACGCAACCUCGCCGUCUUGAUUUCGGGCAACGGCUCGAACCUCCAAGCCCUCAUCGACGCAUGCGGCACCGACGCGCUCCCAAACACAAAGAUCAGCCAUGUCAUCUCGAACCGCAAAGCAGCGUUCGGUCUCGAGCGCGCCCACAAGGCCGGGAUAGAAACAACAUACCACAACCUUGUGCCCUACAAGAACUCGCACCCCAAGACGCCCGAGGGCCUGAUCGAAGCCCGCGCAGCAUACGACGCCGACCUCGCCAAAAUCAUACUACAGCUCAGUCCCCGCCCGGACCUGAUUGUCUGUGCAGGCUGGAUGCACAUUGUGACUCCGCGCUUCCUGAAUCCCAUCGCAGAAGCGGGGAUCAAGAUCAUCAAUCUGCACCCUGCGCUGCCAGGCGAAUUCGCCGGGGCAGGGGCGAUUGAGCGUGCGUGGACGGCUGGGAGGGAGGAGGGAUUGAAGCGGACGGGAAUUAUGAUCCACGAGGUCAUUGCUGAGGUGGAUGCUGGUGCGGCCAUCGUCACAAGGGAGGUUGAGUUGAGGGAGAAUGAGAGUCUGGAAGAGCUGGAGGCGAGGAUGCAUAAGGUGGAGCAUGGAUUGAUUGUUGAGGGGACCAGGGUGACACUGGACGGGUUGAGCAAGUAA